AUGGCGACAUCAAAGCUAUUUGUUCUAGCUCUGGUAUGCCUCACCGCUAGUGGAUUACCUAAUCCACCAGUAACUAGAAAUACAAUUUUUUUGGAUGAAAAACUAGAAGGUGAAAUAUUCGAACACGUUGACGAUUUUAAUAACAUCGAAUACAAUUUGCCUCCACAAAGUUACCGGUUACCAACAACUACUCGCCCUCUCCACUAUGACCUCUUGUGGGGUAUCGAUAUAUCGAGAUUUGCGUUCUUUGGUACAGUUGAUAUAGAAUUGCAACCAACACAAGCUAAUGUAAGCGAAAUAGUUAUUCAUUCACAUGACAUUAGUCAUAUUAGCAUUACACUGCAGCGAAAUGAUAAUAAUCAAACAUUAAAUCAUACUGUAACUGUUGAUGAAGAGAGACAGUUCUUAACAAUAAGUCUGACAUCAGGAUUUUUGGAAUUCAAUGCAAAUAUUACUUAUACACUUUCUAUAACUUUCGAAGCUCCUUUAAGGAAUGACAUGUAUGGAAUCUAUAGAAGUUGGUAUAAGAAUAAUCAGACAUCGACAAAUAUUAGCUGGAUGGCUUCAACGCAGUUCCAAGCCACCUCAGCACGUUUUGCUUUCCCUUGCUACGAUGAACCUAGUUUCAAAGCUAGGUUCGAUAUUGUCAUUAGGCGACCACUUAGUUUUAGGAGUUGGUCAUGUACUAAUAUAAGAGAAACUGUACCUAGUACCAUAGUUGGCUUUCAAGAUGAUGUUUACGAAACAACUCCGAUUAUGUCAACAUAUCUGCUAGCUUUAGUAGUCGCAGCUGACUACAAUAAUACGGCACCUGUAUUGUCAGAGAAUGGCACUCUAAUGUAUGAAGUGAUAGCAAGACAAGCAGCCCUUGCAGAAGGACAAGGAUCAUACGCCAUGGACGUUGGUCAGAGGCUCGUUGAGAGAAUGAAUGAAUACACUAAUAUACAAUAUUUCGAUAUGGACCCAAACCUGAAAAUGACUCAUGCAGCUAUUCCUGAUUUCUCCGCUGGAGCUAUGGAGAACUGGGGUCUAAUCACUUAUAGAGAAGCUUACUUGAUGUACAACCCAGAACACACUAAUGACUACUACAAACAGUUGAUCGCUUAUAUCUUGUCUCACGAAAUCGCACACAUGUGGUUCGGAAACUUAGUAACCUGUGACUUCUGGGAUAAUUUAUGGCUGAAUGAAGGUUUUGCUAGAUACUAUCAAUAUUUCCUUACUCACUGGGUUGAAGAUUACAUGGGAUUAGACACGCGUUUUAUCAAUGAACAAGUGCACACUUCAUUGUUGUUUGACUCUGCUGAAACUGCCCACCCACUUACAAACCCCAAUAUUGGUAGUCCUAGUUCAAUUCGGAGUAUGUUCUCUACUAUUUCUUAUAACAAAGGUGCUUCUGUUAUUCGGAUGACUGAACACCUCCUUGGGUCGGAAGUUAACAUACAAGGACUACGAAACUUAUUAGUUGAACGAACUAGUGAUGUCGUAAGACCUAUCGACCUUUUCCAAGCUCUCGAUGCUGCUGGUAGAGCGGCCGGUUCAUUUUCAGAAUACAGUUCAGAUUUUUCGUUCAUCGAUUACUAUAAAAGUUGGACUGAACAAAGCGGUCACCCAAUAUUAAACGUUCAAGUGAAUCAUCAAACGGGAGAUAUGACAAUUACUCAGCGACGGUUUAGUAUUAACACUGGUUACGCAACUCAAAAUUUGAACUACAUCAUUCCUAUUACAUUUGCGACCGCUAGUAAUCCCGAUUUCAACAAUACCAAACCCAGUCACAUUAUCAGUAGUACCGUUUCUGUAAUUAACCGUGGUUCAACAGGAGACCAAUGGGUUAUAUUUAACAAACUGUAGUGUAGUUUCUAUAGAGUCAAUUAUGACGAUUAUACAUGGAAUCUCAUAAUUAUGGCACUACGUGGCUCCAACAGAACUUUAAUUCAUGAAUAUAAUAGAGCGCAGAUUGUCGAUGAUGUAUUCCAAUUUGCUCGAGCUGGACUUAUGAGUUAUAACCGUGCUUUUAAUAUUCUUUCCUUCCUGGAAAAUGAGACUGAAUAUAGCCCGUGGGUGGCUGCGAUAACUGGUUUCAACUGGCUUAGAAACAGGCUGGCUGGUUCCGAGUACCUUCCUAGACUAGAGGCUCAAAUAAUUCGUUGGGCAUCGAAUGUAAUGGGUCAACUGACUUACUAUCCAAUUGCAAAUGAGAGUUUCAUGAGGUCGUAUCUGAGGUAUCAGCUGGCACCUCUGAUGUGUAACCUGGGAGUUCCAGCGUGCCGUCAAGCCGCCUCACAGCAGUUCAAUGCACUCCUUAACGGUACUGAAGUACCAAACAACAGCCGUAACUGGGUGUACUGUAAUGGUCUUCGUCAAGGAAGCGAAAGUGACUUCAAUUUCCUUUUUGAUAGAUAUGUCGAACAUAAUACAUACAAUGAAAAAAUAUUGAUUCUUCAGAUGCUCGGAUGCACACCUCAUCAACAGUCUCUUAAUAGACUUCUCGACAACAUUAUCGAAGAAAAUUUUGUUAUCCGUCCCCAAGACUACAGCGUGGCCUACACUGGUGCUCUUAAUGGUGGACCAGAGAAUCCAUUACGUGUCUUAAAUUACAUCCGAACCAAUGUUACAGAUAUCAUAAACGCUUUUGGAUCUGCAUCUCCUAUUACGUCAGCAAUUUCAAGAUUAAGUUCUGAAGCUGAUAUCAACGAGGUACUAACAUGGGCUAACCAAAAUCAAGCUACGUUGGGCGGUUAUUAUCAAACCGUUGUUACCAGCUGUGAAUCGACAAGACAGGGUCUUCUUUGGGUUAACACGGUCGCAGAUCAAUUAGAGGACUAUUUUACCACUGGCGACGAGUUGGUUACACCUAGUUCUGUAACUGUUCCGCCAGUCACGCCACCAGUCACAGUUACACCAUCAACUUUAGUUCCACCCACCACACCUAAUCUACCUGAUUCAGCUGUGACGUCGGUUCUUUCAAUUGCAGCACUUCUUCUGGCAUUUGCUAUUAACAUUAUUGUAUAAAGUCAGUUGAACCUAGUUGCUUUUUAAAUGUAAAUAAAUUAAUUUGUAUAAAUUGUAACUUAAAAAUAAAUAAAUACGUAUUUUAUAAAA